GCAUGCAAUAAAGAUGAAGUCAUGGGUUUUAUGUGUUACCACACAAGACUCGGGUUUCCUGUUCCGGGAAAAACUUGGAACAACAGCUCGGAGUGACUCAGACGAACUUUGCUACCAUAAAAAAAGUUCUCAGAGAGCGUGGAGAAUUUUGAGGAGAACGGACGCACCAUGGGUGGAACAGCGCCGACUGUCCUAGCUGUUUUAGCGAUCGUUGUUUCUUCUGUGUCUGUCGGAUUGGGACAGAGUGCGGCUAAAGGAUUCCAGUUCCAAUUUUCUCACUAUGAGCGAGAAGUUGAGUAUGAGGGAUAUGACGGCUGGUACAACAACCGCGCCCAUCCGGAGUGGGGCAUCGCAGACAGCCCCCUGACCCGGCGUCUCCCGUCCCACUACCAUGACGGUGUGUACCGCCCGUCCGGCUCGGACCGCCCCAACCCCCGCAGCCUGAGCGAGCUCACCAUGAAGGGGAUCACGGGAAACGGUUCCUACCGCAACCGGAGCGCCCUGCUCACAUUUUUCGGCCAGCAGGUGGUAGAGGAGAUCCUAGACGCCCAGCGUCCCGGCUGUCCGAUAGAGUACUUCAACAUCCCCAUCCCCCGGGGAGACCCGGACUACGACCCUGACUCCCGUGGGGGUCGGGAGCUUCCCUUCCUGAGGUCCCGCUACGACAUGGGGUCGACGGGGUACUCGCCUAACAACCCUCGCCAACAGUUGAAUGAAAUCACACCUUACCUGGACGGAGGACUGAUGUACGGAGUGACUAAGGCCUGGGCGGACGCUCUCAGGUUGUUCAGUGAGGACAGACCAGGCCGACUGAUAUCGUGCGGUGACCAGGGCCAUGCGGAGUGUGGAGACCUCUACCCCGCCUACAACACGCUGGGUCUGCCCUUCGCCAACCCACCUCCACCUCGAGACCACAUACUCAAACCGUCCUACCGAUUCUUCAAAAUCGGGAACCCCCGAGGAAACGAGAACCCGUUCCUCCUGACAUUCGGCAUCCUGUGGUUCCGCUGGCAUAACUACCUGGCGGACCGGAUCCACGCACAGUUCCCGGACUGGCACGACGAGAGGGUGUUCAACGAGGCGCGGAAGUGGGUCAUCGCUACCCACCAGAAAAUUGUUCUCUACGACUGGCUUCCAGCUUUCUUAGGGGAGGAUCCUGCAAAUUACACAGGUUACAAGUCAUCUGUACAUCCGGGUAUCACACACGUGUUCCAGUCUGCCGCCAUGAGGUGGGGCCAUACCAUUGUGCCACCGGGGGUGUACAGGCGCAGCAGAGUUAGGUCAGACGGAACGUGUGCUUGGCGCAGCACGACAGCAUUCACCAGUCCUCACACGGGCGGCUCUUACUUCCACGGGCUACGAACAUGUAACUCAUACUGGAACUCUGUGGAACCCAUGGAAGAAGGUUUCCAUGGAAAUACUAAUGAGACGUUUGACGGGAUAGAGGAGUUCCUUCUGGGCAUGUCGUCACAGGUCACGGAACGAGAGGAUAACGUCAUCACUGAAGAUCUCAGAGGGCGUGUAUUUGGUCCUCUGGAGUUUUCCAGGCGGGACCUGAUGGCGUUGAACAUCCAGCGGGGCCGGGACCACGGGCUGCCGGACUACAACACGGCCCGGGUGGAGUACGGGCUCAGCAGGGUGGAUAACUUCUCUGAUAUCAACCCAAUACUGUUCGCACAGGAUCCGGAGCUCCUAGCAAACAUCACAGCCUUCGCAGCAGAGAACGACUGGACCACUGACAAGUGCGACAUCUGGGUGUGUGGACUGCUAGAGACCACGGAGCGGGGACCGGGCCCGCUGUUCCGGGAAAUCAUCAAGGACCAGUUCGAACGGAUACGAGACGGCGACAGGUUCUGGUUCGAGAACUACAGACAAAACGGGUUGUUUACAGAGGAUGAAGUCACCCAAAUCUGGAACCUGACCCUGUAUGAAGUCAUCAGUAGCAUCACCAACAUCACCGACAUGGACAUGCAAGAGAACGUCUUUCUCGCCACAGAUUCCCCAUGUUUCCAGCCUAAGCAGUUGAGUCAGUUCGACAUGGAGCCGUGCACCCCUGACAGGCUGGGGGACCCCGCGGACUUCAAGCGGCAGACCUUCGACUACUUCAGCGGCAGCGAGUGGUCCUAUGCCCUGUCCUUCGGCGCCAUGGGACUGUUCGUAGUCGGUUGCGUCUUGGUGCUGGUGUGUCUGGCUAAGAGGAGAAAACUGGAGGAAGCCAAGGAAAGGAUUGAGCACAGGAGAAAAGAGACCAUGAGCGCGACGCGUAGGGAGAACGGACAGUCAACCAUACUUGCUUCUGAGUACAUGGGCGGGAAGGACGGAGAGCACAGCGUGCAGAUAAUGCUGGGUCCCGGUAAGGAGGUUAAGGUGCUGGACCAGUGUCUGAACACCGUGAGGACCAUAGACCUGAAGAACUACGCCAGACUGGACAUCUACCUAGCUGUGGAACGGAACGGCAACAUGCUGGCCAUGAAGAUUCCUAAAGAGUAUGAUCUGAUUCUCCAUUUCGACACGAUGGGCGAGCACAACUUCUGCCUACGUGAGUUAGAGAAGUUCCUCGGACAGGAGGGUCUGAGCUGUAACAAACACGAGAUGAAGGGCAAGGAGCUCAUGAAGAAGGUCAAGACCAAGGCUGACCGGCAGAAGCAGCUGGAGAGGUUCUUCAGGAUCAACUUUGCCCAGGCCUUCAACGAAGACAACCCAAUCGAUGACCAGAUGAGCUUCCGCGAAGCUCAGGAGGUCCUUUCUUGCGAGCUGACCAAGGCAGAGUUUGCUCAGUGCCUGUCCAUGAAGUCGGACUCCAUCUUCGUGGAGCAGAUGUUCAACUUGGUGGACAAGGACAGCAGUGGGUACAUCAACUUUCGGGAGUUCCUCGACGUCAUCGUCAUCUUUGCCAAAGGUACAGGGGAUGACAAGGCCAAGCUGAUGUUUAACAUGUACGACGUGGACGGAGAUGGGAAGCUCACCAGGGACGAAUUCAAGAACAUGCUCAGGUCGAUGAUGGACAUGGUGAACACGGAAGUGGAACAGGACCAGUUGAACGAGCUCGUGGACGCCAUGAUGAAGGCAGGUGGGGUGAGUGACCAGGAGAUCCUGACGCUUCAAGACUUCCUCGGCAUCCUGGGGGACCAGAAACACGCCCUGAACAAAGCGGGACUUCACAUGGAUCUACCAGGUAACAAUAUCAAGAUUCCUGACAAGGUUGUUGGGCCCAGACCAGGUCUGAGGAGGGAGAGUACCAUAAUUCGAGUUGGCCAAGUGCACCAAGCCUACAAUAAAGAAGCGGGAGACUCAGAGUUGCGUCGUCGUCACACGCUGGCAGCCCCACCGUCCGUGCAGCGCCUGAGCUUCGGCACUAAGUCCAAGGUCUACACCGCCAACAAGCUGACUCAGCGCCUCAACAGCUUCACCAGCAAGGUGCAGAACAACAAGCUGCAGAUCUUCUGGAUGACCUUAUAUCUGUUGGUGACUGCUGGGAUUUUUAUUGAAAGAGCUUACUUCUACUCUGUGGAACGUGAGCACGCGGGACUGCGGAGGAUCACGGGGUUCGGUGUGUCGGUGACGCGCGGCGCGGCCAGUGGGCAGAUGUGGACCUACUCCGUCAUCCUCCUCACCAUGUGCCGCAACACCAUCACCCACAUGCGGGAAACCUUCCUGCACAGAUACAUCCCAUUCGACUCCGCCAUCGCCAUGCACAAGAUUGUCGCCAUGUCUGCGCUCUUCUUCACAAUUAUGCACUGUUUUGGCCACGGCAUCAACUUCUUCCACAUCUCCACUCAGCCAGCGGACGAUCUGACCUGCCUUUUUAGGGACUUCUACCACAGGUCCUUUGAUCUGCCAAAGUUUCACUAUUGGCUAUACGAGACAACCACGGGUAUGACCGGAGUGCUGCUCGUUCUGCUCCUGGCUGUGAUGUACGUGUUUUCGACCCAGUACGCCAGGCGCUACGUGUUCAAGGCCUUCUGGUUCACCCACAACCUGUACCCGAUCCUGUACAUCCUGACGAUAGUGCACGGGUCCGGCCAUUUAGUGCAGGAACCUUACUUCUACUACUUCCUGCUGGGUCCGCUCGUCCUCUUUACCCUGGACAAACUCGUGUCCAUCAGCCGCAAGAAGGUGGAGAUUCCGGUGCUCAACGCCGAACUACUGCCGUCUGCCGUUACGAUGCUGGAGUUAAAACGGCCGGCAAACUUCGACUACAAGUCCGGCCAGUGGGUGCGCAUCGCCUCGGCUGCCCUGGGAAACAACGAGUACCACCCCUUCACGCUGACGUCAGCACCGCACGAGGACACCCUCAGCCUCCACAUCCGGUCUGUCGGACCCUGGACCAACAACCUCAGGAAGGUGUAUGAUCCGGCAAAGAUAGAAGGCCACGAACUCCCUAUGGUGUUUGUUGACGGUCCCUACGGGGAGGGGCACCAGGACUGGUACAAGUUCCCCGUGGCCGUGCUGAUCGGAGGCGGGAUCGGGGUCACGCCCUUCGCCGCCAUCUUGAAGGACAUCGUGCACAAGUCGGAAAUGGGCGCCAAGUUUGUUUGCAAGAAGAUUUACUUCCUGUGGGUGACUCGGACCCAGAAGCAGUUCGAGUGGCUGACUGACAUCAUCCGGGAGGUGGAGGAGAAGGACAAGAACGACCUGGUCAGCGUGCACAUCUUCAUCACACAGUUCUAUCAGAAGUUCGAUCUCAGGACUACCAUGUUGUACAUCUGCGAGCGCCACUUCCAGCGCAUCUCCGGACGGAGUCUGUUCACCGGCUUGAGAUCCAUCACACACUUCGGCCGUCCUGACUUCCAGUACUUCUUAACUUCACUACAGGAGGAACAUCCAGAGACGCUGUUUGGAGUGUUCAGCUGCGGACCUCCACCAAUGACAGCUGACGUUGCAAAAGCCUGUAACGAGAUGAACAAGCUUAGCUUUGGCGACGUGUCCUUUAUCCACCACUCUGAGAACUUCUAAAUACCACCAUAUGUUACAUUUAUAACCUCCGUGUUGGAACACAUUGUUAUUUCUACCAUUAGAAAGUGCCUUUUCACUUCGCGAAUCUUUGGGUUCUAAAAGUUUGUGUACUAAUUACAGAUUUGAACUAGAAAGGUAAAAUUCGCUAGCAAAUAUAUACGGUUUACUUUCACAUGUUGUAAUCUAGCACUGACAACUGUUUUGUUUAUUCUUACUCAAAUACAUUUAUAUUUAGUGAUCUGAGCCCCUCCAGCCCUGUGCUAAGCUAAAUUAUUUGCUACAUUUUGUAACUGAACACCACACGGUGCCUGCUACUUUACCGGUAACCAUGGUGACAGUCGUCUUGUUCAGUUCGUUGACCAUAUUUGCUUGGAGAAGAAACGUAGCAAAAACAAUAUGUUUUCCUUUCGUGAAGGUAAACAUACAUAGUUGAAGUUCUCAAACACGGUUUCAAAGAUUUGCUGAUUGUUCAGCUAUAGAAAGUAGAUUUAUCGUUUAACUUACGUUAAGUAACAAAUAUCUAGUUAGUACAGGCUGUAACGUUCCUGUGUUUGGUGUGUUUGUGUGUGUGUGUGUGUGUGUGUGUGUGUGUGCGUGUGUGUGUAAUAUAAUAUUAUACACGGACACACCCGUCUUAUUGUGGAACAGUCCAGUAGACACCAUGUUUGACAUACUAGUAGUUGGUGGUAUAGACUGAACUCAAACCAUUACAGGCAUUUAAAUGUAUUUAUAAUACAGUUAACUGUAGUAUUCACUAUGUGGUUUGUCGCCAUGUGUGCCUUAACGUUAUAUUUGAAAGUCGGUGUUGUUGAACAUUUUGAU